AUGCUGCGCACAGUGUCACGCUCCGUCGCGCGCCAGAGCCGGACGCUGAAGACACCGCACCGAGCGCCGCAGCUCCUCCGCCCGCUCUCCACCACCGCGUAUCGCAUGUCGAGCUCGACGCUCAGGCCGGUCGACCAUCCCGUAUCGGCUGCGCUGCCCGGCGACUCUUUCCAACUGCUGCCUGAAGCCUCGAAGGCAGGCCAGGCCGAAGAUGCUCUCUUCGACGCGCAGGUGCAGGCCGUGAAGGACUGGUGGGCGUCGCCGCGCUACAAGGGCAUCAAGCGGCCGUACUCUGCAGAGGAUGUCGUGAGCAAGCGUGGCGCGCUGCAGCAGUCGUACCCCAGCUCGCUGAUGGCGCGCAAGCUAUUUAACCUGUUGGAAGAGCGUGCCGCCAAGGGCGAGCCUGUACAUACAAUGGGUGCUAUUGACCCAGUGCAGAUGACCCAGCAAGCUCCCAACCAGGAGGUGCUCUACAUCUCUGGCUGGGCGUGUUCGUCCGUUCUUACCACCACCAACGAAGUCUCCGCCGAUUUUGGCGACUACCCCUACAACACAGUCCCGAAUCAGGUGCAGCGGCUCUUCAAAGCCCAGCAGCUCCAUGAUCGCAAGAACUGGGACAACAGGCGCAAGAUGAGCCCAGAAGAGCGGGCGAAGACACCAUAUCUGGACUACAUGCGUCCUAUCAUUGCAGACGGCGACACAGGCCACGGUGGACUGUCAGCAGUCAUCAAGCUGGCAAAGCUGUUUGCUGAGAACGGCGCUGCCGGUGUGCACUUCGAGGACCAGCUCCACGGUGGCAAGAAGUGCGGACAUCUGGCCGGCAAAGUUUUGGUACCCGUCGGCGACCAUAUCAACCGCCUCGUAGCCGCUCGCUUUCAGUGGGACACCAUGGGCUGUGAGAACCUCGUCAUUGCCCGCACAGACUCAGAGAGUGGCAAGCUACUGUCGAGUGCUGUCGAUGUCCGCGACCACGAAUUCAUUAAGGGUGUCACAGAAGAGUCAGAGCCCUUAGCCGAGACACUGCAGAACAUGGAGGCAGCCGGUGCGCCUGGCAAGGAGAUCGACGCCUUCGAGGCUGCGUGGGUGAAGAAACACAAGCUUGUCACCUACGACGAAGCCGUCGUGCAACACCUCGAGAAGGAGGGCGCAUCACAGUCAACAAUCGAUGCAUACCUCAACGAGACUAAGCAGAACCCUAACCUGUCUCUUCUCAAGCGCCGCGAACUGUCAUCAAAACACACCAAGACCCCUGUGUACUUCAACUGGGAUAUCCCACGAACGCGUGAAGGCUUCUACCACUUCAAGGCCGGCAUCGCUGCUGCGACAAAGCGAGGAAAGGAGUAUGCACCAUUCGCCGAUUUGCUCUGGGUUGAGACUGGAGACCCAAGCGUUGAGAAGGCUGCUGGGUUCGCGGGUGAGAUCAGGCAACAAUACCCCGGCAAGAAGUUUGUAUACAACCUGUCACCGUCAUUUAACUGGAUGGGUCAAGGGUUCACCGAGGAAGCUUUGAAGAGCUUCGUCUGGGAUCUAGCCAAACACGGCUUCGUGUUCCAGCUCAUCUCGCUUGCCGGCAUCCACUCGACAGCAACAAUCACCUGCGAGCUUUCGCGCGCCUUCAAGGAUGAGGGCAUGCUUGCAUACGUCAAGCUGGUCCAGGCUCGCGAAAAGGAGCUCGGCUGCGAUGUCCUGACCCAUCAAAAAUGGAGCGGCGCCAGCUACAUCGACGGUAUCCUUGGCCAUAUCCAGAGUGGCAGCUCAGGUAGCAAGAGUAUGGGAGACGGCAAUACAGAGACAGGCUUCUAG